AUGUGGAUUAAGGGUACUUUUUUAUCACUGAAAAAUAUGCAGUGGCCUUCAUGGUUGCAACCGUAUGUGGAAGUCUUACUAUUAUGGAUUUCAUGGGCAAUUGAUUAUGUUGAUUGGGAUUAUUUAGAGUAUCUUACUUGGCUCUUCCUGCCACUAUUAGUCGCUUUUAUAUUACCGGUUCUUCUUCUACUUUUUAUAUAUGGUUGUAUCAUUUUUCUUCAUAUUUAUGGCUUGCGGAAUCGUAUUCGAGAGGCUUACGCCAGUAGUUUGUGGGAUGGUGCACGCAUUAGUAUUGCAUCCUUCUGGGAUGCAGUUGGAUAUCUCUGGCACGGUUAUGAAAUAAGAGGUUUGGAAAAUGUGCCUAAUGAAGGUUCUGCUCUAUUUGUAUAUUACCACGGAACUUUACCAAUAGAUGUGUAUUAUGUUAUUGCGAAAUGUAUGCUUCAUAAGAAACGUACUAUUCAUUGUGUUGGUGAUAAAUUCAUUUUCAAAAUGCCCGGAUGGGGUAUGAUUUGUAAGGUCUUUUACAUAACUCCUGGAACGGUAGACGAUUGUAUGACACGGUUGAAAGACGGCCAUUUGUUGUGCAUUGCUCCCGGUGGUGUUCGUGAAGCCCUGUUUUCUGACCCUACUCGUUAUAACAUUAUGUGGGCUCGUCGUCUGGGUUUUGCUAAAGUCAUCAUUGGUUGUCCAGGAACGCCUGUAAUUCCAAUGUUUACUGAAAAUUGUCGCGAUGCUUUCCGUACUCCGCGUUGUGGACGAAAAAUUUUUCGAUGGAUAUAUGAAAAAACGCGAUUACCACUUUGCCCAGUGUACGGUGGUUUUCCAGUUAAAAUGAUAACUCAUUUGGGCAGACCUAUCUAUUUUUCUCCUGACAUGAAUCCAGAAGACGUCAAAAAAACUGUGAAAGAAGAGGUACAUGACUUAAUUAAAGAGCAUCAGCGAUUACCUGGAAGUAUAUUGCGUGGAAUUAUACAGAG